AUGGAUCGGAGCGGUGGUGGUGAGUCGACGCCUGCUGAAGCGCCGAGAUCUCUACCGACGCCGUUUUUGACCAAAACAUAUCAGCUGGUGGACGACCAGGCUAUAGAUGAUAUAAUUUCGUGGAAUGAAGAUGGAUCUUCCUUCAUCGUGUGGAAUCCGACGGAGUUUGCUAGAGAUUUACUGCCAAAGUAUUUCAAGCAUAAUAAUUUCUCGAGUUUCGUUCGACAGCUCAACACUUACGGAUUUAGGAAGGUCGUACCUGAUCGAUGGGAGUUUUCGAAUGAAUGCUUUCGUAGAGGUGAAAAAAAGCUGUUGUGCGACAUUCAGCGCCGGAAAAUUACGACGCCGGCGCCACCUGUAGCAGUGGCGGUGCAACCACAGGCGACGUCACAUCCGAGUCAGGCUUCGCUACCGAAAACAGUGUCUCCGUCGGAUUCGGGAGAAGAGCAAGUGCUUUCGUCCUCCAAUUCCCCCGCCGAGUUCAGCGGCAGCACGGUGGAGUUGAUCGGAGAAAACGAGAGGCUGAGGAAAGAAAACGUGCAACUCAACAAAGAGCUCUGCCAAAUGAAAAGCUUAUGCGGCAACAUAUACGCUUUAAUGUCGAAUUAUGCAAGCAACAACAAAAGCGCCGCAGCCAACGAUCAUCACUCGCACAGCAGUAAAAUUCAUCCACCGGAGAACGCCGUGAAGCCAUUGGAUCUGCUCCCGAUGACGCGAUGCUCCGAAAAAAUACAAGCCGCAGCAGCGCACGGCGGCGAGGAGAAUAACAUCAGAUCCGCCGCGGAGGAAAUAAAAGCCAGAUUAUUCGGAGUUCCAAUCGGACUGAAGCGCGGGCGCGAAGGCGGAAGUACUUCAGCGGAUCACGGUAUCACCUUACAACCUCCCGGAGCCGACAUCAAAUCCGAGCCGAUGGACGCCGCCGGCGACGAUCAGAUCACCUCGUGGCUAUCGCGAAGGAGCCCGAGAAAUCAGAGGAUCUGCAAUUGAAUUUGACCAAACUACGAUUGGACAGAAUGGACGGUGAGGAUCAUUUUAGGAUAACCACGAUAGACGUGAAAGAGGACGGCACGUGCGAAUUAGAGUCACGUGACUUGAUAACCUCUGCUCCUGGCCAAACGACCAUGUUCCGGAAGGUUCCGCUGAUAUUUAUUCAAAGUAAGUAGCUAAUAUUUAAUUCAUAUUCAUUUCCCCUUCACCCCACCAUUACCCGUAGUACAAUUUUAUUUGCAUAACAUUAGGGAUUGGAAUUCUUCAUUUAAACAUCCCUAGAAUUUCCCAACU